AUGACUUCACCUAUUAAAAAGGCCGCUGACCCCCAAUACGGUGCAUCUUUUGACCCGUGGAACUCAUCAUCAACCGGUCAUCAACGGGCCGAGUCACGCCCUGGAACUGGCUGGCGUGAGUCCCGCAACCGCAAGCUCAACAGCCAAUUCCGCAGCGGCUCAUCAGGCGGCGAACGUUUAAGCGACACAUUUGGCGCUGGAUCAGAGGACUACAAUGAGAAACACAAGAUGCUCAUACCCAAAGCGGUCAAAGAAAGAGCACAGCGGAGUGUGAGAGACAUGCUUGUCCAACCGGGCAAAAUGCGGGAGAGUUUGGGACUCAAAGAUGAGGGGAAAGGGGAAAAAGCACUCAUGCAAUCAAGACGACAGGAAGACGAAGCACGGGAGGCGGAGCUCUCCAAGAGAGGUAUCUUUGACGGAGUGGUUAUUUACGUCAACGGGUCUACAUUUCCUCUCAUAUCCGAUCUCAAGCUAAAGCAGGCUGUUACUGAGCACGGUGGUCAAAUGUCGCUGCAUCUUGGACGUCGAAGAGUAACACAUGUUGUUCUCGGGAGACCUUCCGGAGGACAUGCAGGUUCUGGAGGAGGUCUUGCAGGAGGAAAAUUAGAGAAGGAGAUCCGACGAACUGCUGGAUGCGGUGUCAAGUUUGUUGGUGCUGAAUGGAUAUUAGAAAGCCUAAAGUCCGGGAAGAGACUUCCCGAGGCACGCUUCUCGAAUACCAAGAUGGCACCAAAGGCACAAGGGAGUGUCUAUAGUCUCUUCUCGAGACAGUCGAGUGCACACUCUCCUAAGAGCUGA